AUGCCGGAUAACGACAACGGACAGCAGACAAUCUCACAGAACACCACGCACCGCUACUUGAAAAGAGCGCAACUGCAAUCCCUGCUCGAGCGGCUUUUCCCUGGCCAGACCGAAUUCAAGAUACAGAUGAGAGAUGACCAGUGGUGUUUUAGCGCACCCAGGAAGAUAGAAGACGCUGAUAUCGAUGCGGUGCGCGAGCAAUAG